AUGACUGACAAACCCGAAGACUACAAAACGAUAGAAGAGAGUGAAGUAAAACCAAUCCGUAUGGGCUUUGAGUCGAUCAUGGAUAAGACGAUGGUGAAAGACGAGGAAGUCUCUCCAGAAAAAGUGAUGCAAAACAUUUAUUAUGUAGUUGGGCAAGUUCAAGAGAUCACAAAGAAAUUUUACUCCGACUAUCUCCCCUAUGAAGGUCAAGGUAUUGGAAUCAAAACUCCUUGUGAACGUCGAUGGAAUUCCAUUGUUCUUCCUCUCGAUAUGGAUGCUGGGAAUAGACUGUCCAUAGCAAAUAAUGCUCAUUUCUUGGAAGAAAUUAAGACUCUUUACAACGCCAGGAUUUCUGCAAAUCAAUCACUCGACAAACCAUGUAUGAAGAAAGAGGAAAUGGAUGGUUUUCUUGGCAUAUUCGAUACACUCGCAUCAGUGCAACAACCAAAGCUUAAGGAAGCAAUGGACCAAUUCAAGUCGAAUAACACUUACUGA